GAAGCCCCCGAGUAGUCCGCAUGCCGGCAACUUACACAACCUCCGACGCUCUCGGAGCCAGUUCUUGUUUCCGCUCGCAGUCGCGAACACUUCUUUUGGAGGGCACACACACCACAGAGCCACCAACUCACUCAAGACGUCGUCGCGCGUUACUUACAUCAGUCUUUCUUUCGAACAAUUCAAAUAGGUUUUUCUCUGUGAUGUAGUAGCCAAAAGCAAGCAAGCAAGCAAUAUGUUUUAGCAUUCGUUGUUUCAAUUUUUAUUUUUGUUUCUUCGUGCGAAAUUGAAAUAAGCUGAGUGUGGAGGAGCAGGAGCAGCUCAUCAAAGAUUCGCGUGCAUGAGUGACUCAGUUAUGUUGUGUUUCGUGCAGACAUACGAUGGGAAGGAUAAUAAAGAUGGCAACAAGGAGCCGAAGCUGCGGAUGGUCAAAAAUAAACUGCUGCGAAAAUCACGGUCAUCGGGUAACUUUGGGAGCGCGGGGGCGCGUUCUGCACCGAGCACACCCCAAGGAAUACUCUGCUCGUCGCCGGGGGCGCUGUCCGACUCCCAAUCGGGGAUAUCGCCGCCCUGCAGUCUGCCACGCAGUCCCAGCCACAACAUAUUCACCAAAUACGACAGCAAAAGAAAUAUAAAGCAUCUGUCGUGUUCGACGCCGGUGAUGACUGCACAGGCACAAUCUCCAGAACCACCGAGUCCAAAGGCAUCAUCCUCCAAGGACGGAAAACAAUCCGCGUACAAGGGUAGACAAAAGAAGUUCAUCAGACAUUUCCCGAGCGCCUCCGAGGACACGGUGCUGAACUAUUACUCGUGCGCCCUCAUCGGUGACAUCCUGCUGCAAGGUCACCUGUACAUCACCCAAAACUACUUUGCCUUCUAUUCGAACGUGUUUGGAUAUGUGACCAAACUCCUCAUACCAAUGCAAUCGGUACGGAAGAUAAGCAAGGAGAAGACGGCUCGGAUCAUCCCGAACGCCGUCGGGAUCACCACCACCGAGGAUAAGCACGUCUUCGGCAGCCUGAUGUCCAGGGAUAACACGUACAAGUUCAUGAACGAGAUCUGGGACACGGCGAAGAAGCUGCAAGACGUGGCGCUGGAACCGCCCGAGCCGAUAGUGGAUCCGUCGGAUGAGAGCGACAGCAGCGAGACGCCACCAGAGUCGGGCAGGGAAUCGGACAUCGGGAUGCCCAAGUUCAGGACGUGCGUCAAGUCGCCGGACAGCUUCUCCUCGAGCUACACCAGAUUGGACGGCAAGUCAUCGGAUGCACACGGCGGCGGCGAUCACAGCAGUCCCAGCAAGGAUAAACACUUCAGGGUGACGACAGUUCCCAACGUGCUGCUGGUCGUGACGACGCUCGUCCUGGUCAUGCUCUUUCUCUCAGCGGCGCUCCUCCUCUACAGGAUAGGCAGAGUCCAAACCAAAUACUCGCAAGCUUUACAAGAAAACUUCGUGAUCACCGAAAGCGAAGACGUGUACGGUGAGCUGCUGCAGUGGCAGACGCAUCUACAUUCCAAAUCCGCGGGGGCGGUGCACAGUUUUCUAGACACAAACUUAGAUCAAAUAGCCAAGGUUCGACAGUCUCUGGAGGCGUUGUCCACUCUGCUGGUGCCAAAUUCCUCGGGGACGACGGCCCAGAAGAGCGCCGCCAAACCGGUGGAAAGCCCCGAAAACAGUUAACAAGCUCCGCCCCGUAGGAGGAGAGCCGCAUGACGAAGAAUGAAGAACGCGUUGCCAAAACAAAACAAAUGAAUGGAGAAUGCGAGUAGGAGGGAGAAGCGCAAAUACACACACUCACACACACCAACCAACCGACUUACAAGUACUUGGUCGUACUAGUAUUAGAGCUCAUUUCCUUUAGGCGAUAGUGCGAUUAACGAGACGAGGAGAUUGAGACGGAGGAUGUGGUUGGUCGAUGAAGGAAGGAAGGACGAGUGGAUGCACCGAAUUGCAAGAGACGCUUGAUGUUUUCGUUUUUUUUUCUUUAUUUGGAGUGAUAGUGUGGAUGCUGUUGCACCGUAUUUGGAUUAGGAGUAGAUCUGCCGCGGACUGAGAGGAGAAAGAAAGAGAGAGAGAGAGACUCACCGCAAGUCGUGUAUAUCUUGUCGCGUUUCGAAAGAUCCGAUGGGCGUACUACCAUUUCUAUCUCCCUCUGGUAAGACUGGAACACAAUUAGAGUAAUUAAUCGCCAACUAAAAAAGCAAAAAAGAAAGAAAACCCAACCCCCACCCCCUUCCGUCGACCCUCUCUACACCCUUAUGUGAUAAUUAUAAGCGAAGUAAAUAUGAGAACGUAUAUAUAUAUAUUAUUGUUGUAUUUAAGAGUAAUUAAAUAAUGGAAGACAAAAAAAUCAAAGCGGCUGACGCAACCGACGUGCGGACUAAAGCUUCAUCUAGGCCUACUGAAUUAACUAACUAAACAUUACUAAAAACAAAGGAAGGAGGAGAAAAACAAAACAAAAAUAAACGAUAACUUAAAGAAUGUAAGAGCAGUUUCCAAAAACGGAAAUUCACAAGCAACAAAAACUACUAAAUCGCUUUGUUUUGUUUUUAAAUAUUUCAUUUAUUUUCGCCACCGGUAUGGCUUUUCUAGUCAUUAAACUUAAUAGAUUAUUUUCUCUCCGUCUUAACGUUUCUUUUGUUUUGAAUGAUUAUACAAAAAAAAAA